AUGGCAGCUGCGUGGCACUUCACUGGGCCGCCGGGGAGGUAGAUUCAGAAUUGAAAAGUAAAAUGAAACGAAUUCGCUUGAUUUCAUGGUUUUUUUUUUGAGUUUUUGAGACAAGAUUUCCUUAAAUUUCUUAAAUGAGGUUUUUCUUAUGACAUUAAACUAUUUUUAUUCUGAAUUUUUUUAACUUUUUUCUUUGAGAAAAAAAAAAUGAUAGGCGUUUUGAAAUCUUCUCUGAUCGCUCGUGGAAUGGGACAGAGCAUAUAGCCCAUUCACGAUUUCAGUUUUUCUCCGAGCUACAGAACCCUUACGGGAAGCAUCUCUUCGAUGCGCGUGACAUGUCCCUCUGCAUGCGUCUUUAAUAUAACGGAUAUUUUAAGCCAAAUGAAAGGUGCAUGAAAAGAGGCAGGCCGUGCGGACUGGGCUAUAACUGUGUCUGACUCAAAGAAACUUGCGCGUUGUCACAUUAAGGAGAUUGCGACAGAAAUGUAUAACCUACUCUGAGUAGACGUAAAGAUCUUUCUCGAACUUCAACGCGACCGCGACGCCUUGAAACAUUCCGCAUGCGACCAUCAAUCAAAAAAAAUUUCAAAUAAGAAGAUUGAUAUAGAAUUUGAAAAACUCUGGGAGUUUUUUGCAUCAACUCAAGUGGCCUAGCAGAUCCAAGCCUAUUCCUCAAUAAUAACUAUCCAAAAGCAAAACUUCCUAAAGAAUUAUAAAGCUCAAGCAUUUCUAGCGACGUAGAUGAGCUGGGAUUCACAAGGCCUUGGAAAGCGUCGAGUUCGAAGGAAAGCGACGAAGCGGAUAGAGCCAGGAAAGCCUACGAACAGUUCUGGAACGACUACCUGCCGACGAUCGUCCGACGGCGGAAACGAUGGGAAAAAGCCCAACCCAGGACGAAUCAUGAACUUCGUAAGAAUCAUUUUCGAAUCUGUCGAAAGAAUGGAAGUUUUCUGGAUAGUCGGUUCACUUGAAAAAUUAUAACUUGUCCACAGCAUGAAAUCAUUAGAGCCGUAAUUUCCAUGCCCGAAUCUCUGUGACCUGUACGCUGUGAUUUCUUUGAGAACUAUCAGUGAGUCUAAACUGGGAAAAGCUGUAGUUGGCCCUGAAGGGAGGUAUAACGCAUCUCCUAUUGCUUUCUUUAUAGCCCACUUUAGCUAAUCACAGAUGCUCCCUAGCUUCUGCCCCCUCCGCAAACUUGUAAAAGGUCGGGCGCAGUGGGCCGAAAAAGGUUCACUUGGAAUAUUUUUGAGUCGAGUUGUAGUGAGUCUAACUCUCAACACUAUUUUUUUUAAUGAUUUUUGAUAUUUGAAUAGCUUUUGAAGAAUUCUAUUUUCAGUUCAACGAUUUAUUCGAAAAGGAAUUCCUGCGCCUUAUCGAAAAGACGUUAGUUCUACCGAGUUUGGAUUCUCAGGCUUUGAAAACUUCCAGAUUUGGCUUCGUAAUUGUCCUUCUCGGUCAAGAACCAAUAAGGCUGAAGUUCCGCAGAAAGUCAUCGAAUCAAUAAAAUUGGAUCUUCCGCGCACAUUUCCAGACAAUACAUUCCUAAAAUCUGAGAAGUUCGAAUUUCUCCCAUUAUAUUUCUGACAUGGCUCGAAAACGUAGGUUUUCUCUCCGACCAGGGCAGCAGACAGAACUAGAUUUAGUUUUGUCUUUUUUUUAGUUUUAAAGCAUUUUCUGAAUCAGCGCAUCCUUAUAACAUACAUACGUACCAAACAUAAAUUUCACUCGUAAAUCCAAAAAACCAGCGGAAUCCGAUCAUUUUUCUCACCACUACUUGGAGUGGUCCAAAGGCUUUUUCGAAAAAUCAGAAAACCUUAUCGAACCAAGAUCGACCCUGGGUCGACUGUUUCAAGUCAUGGCGAAUGAAAAAAUGAUGUUUGAAAUUUCUGAGUUCAGAUCAAGGAAUGCGCUGGGUCGAGCUCUUUUUGCGGUCGCUGAGAAUAUUCCAUCCGUUGGAUAUUGUCAGGUAAGGGAGUAGAAGGAUGUACUCUAUUCGUCACAAUCUGUACUGUCUGACUUGUCUGCGCUCUCUUCACUUUUUUUUUUGCGAAAAUUGAACUUUCGAACAUCCUAAUCUCUGUGCGCUCUUUCCUGGUUACGUGCAUUUUCAUAUUUUUAUUGGCUCAACAGUGAGUGUAAAGAGACACAGACAUGGUUGCCAUGAAUGGAGUACAUUUAAGUUUUGGAAAAAAAAAACGGAACUUGAAGGGCCUGAAUUUCGUCGCGGGAAUCAUUCUACUUGUUGUAAAUGAUGAAUCAAGAGCCAUCGAUUUGCUGGUUCAUUUGGUCUCGCAAAGAAUGGACUAUUACGGAGAUGAUAUGUCGGGCCUACGGAGGGACAUGUACGUCCUUCACGUCCUUAUGAGGUAGUUUUUGCUUGAAAAGGGGUUGAACAUUCUAAUUUCGCCCGCGACUGAAACAGACUGACCAGAAUUUAAAAAAAAAUCCAAAUAAAACGUCAAAUUUUUUACCUCACAUCUUUAUGAGCUGGUUUUUGAUGCCGCGUAAGGCUUUUCUGAAGCUUCAAAAUUAGGGCGUUUCGGAAGAAUUCUCAAAAAAAAGCGUUCAUUUGAAACUUGAAAUCUUUUCAGAACUCACUGUCCAAGGGUGAUCACAACCCUUGAGCGACUUGAUGUUGGUCUAGAAAUGCUGAUUGGAAAGUGGUUCGUCUGCUGGUACGUCGAGAGUCUCCCCAUGGAGGUUAGUAAGAGAAAAAUGGGAAUAUUGAAGAGAAAAAAUCAUGAAAAAGAGACCAUUUUGAUAUCAAUAACCUUAUUCCAUCUUGUGUAAAAAAGUGAUGAACAUUCUAUUUUUUGUUAACUCAAAAAGUUUUUCUGACGUUAUUAAGAGGCACUUUCGGCCUUAGCUAACGAAAAAAAAGCCUCCAUAUAGUUUCUCCCAGUAGCUCAGACAAAAUGGUCAAUUUUUCCAGACGGUCCUCCGAAUCUGGGACUGUUUCAUCUACGAAGGUGAUGUCUGGCUGUUCACGGUUGCUAUCGCCCUUUUCCAAGCUCACGCAAAGAAAAUCGCCGCCUGCACCUCCCUCGACCAGGUUCUUCUCGCCGUUCAGAACAUUGGCCAGAGUAGAGCCGCUCUCUAUUGCCAUGAACUUAUCCAGGUUUUCUUACAAGUAAAUUCAAAAUCGAUAAUUUUAUUAAGCAAUGCUCAUCAAUACCGGUAA